CUCUGCACAAUAACAAACCUGGCGGGAAGUAAAGGGUGCUCAGUGCCACUGGUGUGUUUCAUAAUUCUUUACGAUCACUCAUGGGCAUGGAUGAGAACUGCCUUCAGAUUUCAUGAAAUCUUAUGGAAGAACAUAAAGGAAUGAUACUGCUGUUUCACAUGGAAUGACUCAUGCUCUUUUAUCAGAAGCCUUUCUGUCUGCAUCCAGGAUAUUACAGAGGGUAUUGUGUUAUGGAUUGACUUCUACCUUUCCCAACUUGCCAUUACGUGGCUUCUGUGAUGUGCCACCCAAGACCCGAAAGAUGGUACGUGUCCUCAAUGUGGCUGAAAAGAAUGAUGCAGCCAAGAACAUUGCUGAGAUCUUGUCCCGUGGACACCUCACGCGACGUGAGGGGUUCAGCAAAUACAACAAGAUUUAUGAAUUUGACCACAACUUAAAUGGAAACAAUGUGAAAAUGGUGAUGACCUCUGUCAGUGGCCACUUGUUGAACUAUGCAUUCUCUGGUGCAUAUAAGAAGUGGGAAGGGUGCAGCCCCCUGGACCUCUUCAGUGCCCCAGUGUUCAAAGUUUGCCCAGCAGACUCAGAACCCAUCAAGCGCACGUUGGAGCGAGAGGCAAGGUCUGCAUCCAAGCUUAUCAUCUGGACAGAUUGUGAUCGAGAAGGAGAGAAUAUUGGUUUUGAGAUCAUUGAUGUGUGCCAAGCUGUGAAACCAUCUCUUCAGGUACAACGAGCUAAAUUUUCUGAGAUAACGUUCCGAUCAAUACAACGAGCACUGGAGACACUAAGCCGCCCAGAUGGGAAUCUCAACAAUGCUGUGAAUGUGCGCAGUGAGCUGGACCUGCGAAUUGGGGCAGCUUUCACCAGGUUUCAGACUCUGCGUUUGCAGAAGAUUUUUCCAGAGACUCUUGCCAACACAAUACUGAGUUAUGGUUCUUGUCAGUUUCCAACACUUGGCUUUGUCAUUGAGAGAUUCAAGGCCAUUGAGAACUUCAUUCCUGAACAGUUUUGGAAGUUGAAAGGUGAGUGUUGCCCAUGUUAUUUGCUGAUGUAUCUUGCACAGGAAUUAGAGAAGCUGGGCAGCCGAAAGUUGAGAAUGAAUGUGAAAGAGGUCAUGAAAGUAGCAGAAAAGCUGUAUACUAAUGGUUACAUCAGCUAUCCUCGCACAGAAACCAACAUCUUUCCUCCUGAGCUGGCACUUGCUCCUCUGGUAGAGAUGCAGACGGCAGAUCCCAACUGGGGAGGAUUUGCAACCAAUGUCCUUGAGAGAGGCCCUAAUCCCCGGCAGGGCAAAAAGACUGACCAAGCUCAUCCUCCCAUCCACCCAACCAAGUACACAUCUAGCUUGUCUGGGGCUGAGAAGGCUGUCUAUGAGUUGGUGGUACGACAUUUCCUGGCUUGCCUCAGUGAUGAUGCUCGUGGCAUGGAAACUAUAGUGGACAUGGUCAUGGCUGGGGAAGGGUUCCAUGCUAAUGGACUUGUCAUCCUGGAGAGGAACUACUUGGAAGUUUAUCCAUAUGAAAAUUGGAGUGGUAAAGUGAUAGCUCAUUAUGAGCAGGGACAAACUUUCCAGCCCACUACUCUUGAGAUGGUCAGUGGUGAGACAAGUGCUCCUCCAUACUUGACUGAAGCAGAUCUCAUUGCCCUAAUGGAGAAGCAUGGCAUAGGCACUGAUGCCACACAUGCUGAACACAUUGAGAAGAUCAAACAGCGAAACUAUGCGGGUUUGGAGAACAACCACUUCCUGCCUGGCAAGAUUGGUUUAGGCCUGGUGGAAGGCUAUGAUGACAUGGGCUUCCAAAUGUCAAAACCCAAUCUUAGGGCACAGUUGGAGUCAGAUCUCAAGGAAAUAUGUGAGGGAACUAAGGAUCCCCAAGAUGUCCUGCGGCGACAGAUUGAGCAGUACCGCAGUAUAUUUGAAGAAGCGAUGCCUCAGGCACUCAAGAUUGAUGCUGCCAUGGCCAAAUAUUUGGAGGAAAUGCCUCAAGCCAUUCCUGAGAAUGUGACCAUUCCUGACAUGCCUCAGUUCUCUAAUGUCUGUAAAUGCCCUGCCUGCGGCUCUGAUAUGGUGCUGAGGGAGCGACAAACAGGUGGUUUCUUCAUUAGUUGCCAAGGCUUCCCUCACUGUCGUAUGGCUAUCUGGCUCCCCAGUGAUGUCAAAGGUGUGACAGUGCUGCAGGAUACAUGUACACAGUGCCAGGGAUCACCCAAAAAGCUUGAGUUUAAGCUUCGUCCCAAUACCUAUGUUUGGUCUUUACGCAAUCCCUGCAUUACCUGUAUUGGAGGAUGUGAUGAGGAGCUUUAUGACCUACUCCAGUUCAAGUCUUUGAAGAGUUGCCGUCCAGCCAACACAGGUGGUCAAGUUAUGGUAGGAGCUGCUGGCAACACAAGAGGCCAACCAGGGCAUGGCAGAGGUAGAUCAGGACAUGGCACUGGAGGAGGCAGGCCAAGGCCAGGCAGUGGUGGAGGCAGGCCAGGGCCAGACAGUUGGGGAGGCAGGCCAGGCCCAGGCAGUGGUGGAGGCAGGCCAGGGCCAGGCAGUGGUGGAGGCAGGCCAGGGCCAGGCAGUGGUGGAGGCAGGCCAGCGCCAGGUAGUGGUAGAGGAUCUGGACCUGGUAGGGGUGGAAAUAGAACAUCAGGGUGUUCAGAUAUCAGUAAUUACUUCUCUAAUACUCCAUCAUCCACCAGUAACCAACAGAGGACAAAUUCAGAUAAUUUUAGAGGUAGCUUGCCUAACAGCACCUCCAGUCAGAGCCAGGCUUCAGGAACAAGCAGAGGUACUAGCUCUUUUAGUUCUUCUCAGAGAAGCUCAGGUUAUGGUUCCUCUUGGAGCACAUCAGGCAGUGGCAGACAUAUGGACCAGGAGAACAAGAUUGUGUGUUCAUGCAAUAAAGAAGCAAUUCUCUUAACAGCAAAGAAUGGUCCCAACACAGGGAGACCUUUCUAUCGUUGUGCCGACUUCCAGAAUAGUUGUAACCUUUUCCUGUGGGCAGAUGAUGAUAACAGUAUAAGGAGAGAGAGAGACAAAGAUACAGGAAGAGGAUGGAAUCAAACAGGCCAGUCUUCAACAAGAACUACAAGACCCACGCAGAGUAGUGGGAAUGAAGAGGUCUUAUGUCAAUGUGGAAACCCUGCCAAGCAGUUGACAGUGGUGAAGGACACUCCAAACAAGGGCCGUCUGUUCUAUGUUUGCAGUAAGGAUAGGGGCCAGGAAUGUCGAUUUUUUCAGUGGGCAGAUGAAUCAUCCUCUAAUAGUUACAGAAGAGGAGACACUGCAGAAGGAAACUGGAAUGGUGGUAGCAGUGGUUGGAGUGAGGACAAGCGGGGAGUCAAGAGAGGCCCAACUCAGACACAGCAGUCAUCAACCAAGCGGAAGUGUGGAUUGUGUGGAGGUUUUGGACAUGACAGGAGAAAUUGCCCCCAUAAAGAAUAAUUUUUUUUUCUAUAGUUUUACCCUUUUAUAUACAUAUUCCUACACCGUUGCAAACCUACAAUUGGACUCUAGUCAUGAUCUGUGCCCAACAUCAGCUGAGCUAUCAGAGGAAAGGUGAUUUUCAAUAUGUACAUGUUUGUCAUGUAUUUUCAUCAUGGUUUUGUACAGGAGAUCAAACAGUUAUACUUAUUCCUAUGAUGUCUAAAGAUACAUAGUAGAUUAAAAUAUGCAAACACAUACAGGUAAAGUUUAUACAAAAUUACAAUACAAUACUAAAGCUGUUAGAUGCUUGCCUUGAUUGUAUUUGCUGUUUCAUAAGAAUGUUCCUCAGAAUCCCUAAAUGUGUUCAUAACAACACCCAUGGAUUUGAUCUUUCUCAUUCAUAAUUAUUAUAAUUAGAUGAUGUCUUAUAUUAUCAUGAAAUCAUUUCAGAAAAUCAGUUUAGAAAACCAAACUUGACAUCAAUUGCAAACUUUUAUAUUUGCAAUUCAUAUGUU